CACAAUUCAAUCAAAGUUGCGCCUCUUCCGGUUGCACCAUUUAGUCACAGUGUCUGGACAAAGGGAAAAAAAGUAGCAGCAGUCUCAAUUCAAGGUCGAGCGUUCGGUCGGCCCUGGUACCAAGAUGGCGUUCCACCAAGAGUGGGCGUGGUACAACCUGUACUUCCCCAACCCUGACGGCGCCCUGUGUCGACAACACAUGACUGAGCAGGAGUGGCAGCGGAUGACCAGGUGGAGGGACUUUGACUGGUUCAACCAGGGCGGCCAGGAGUCCAACAAGAUACUGACCUACACGCAACAAAAGGCGACGCCGACGCGAAACUCAGACGGCAAGCUGCAGCCUCACCUCCUUCCACCAGCUGGCGUCAUCUCCAGCACACACGCACGUAGACAUCCGGGCUUUUACAUGGAGAUGUACCAUCGCCUGCUUCACGAACGGGAGUACUUAGUCCGGCAAGGACGUCUGCCACACGACCUUCCUUGUCCAUCCUUUCACAAUCCGUGCAUCUGCAACCAUCAUGGAAUGAUGCCCAGUGGUCAGCAGUAGACUACUGAAGAUAACCCGAGGUCAAUGUUAGCCGUCUGCUACUUCAAACUAUAACCCUAGUUCAAUAUCAACAUCUUGAUUGAAUGCUAAUAAAAUUUGUAUCAUAGGCUGUA